GCAUAAUAGGCAGGAGUUGCUGCCGUACGAACGAUUGUAACAUUUAGUUGGUGCCUGAAAAGACGACCAAGUGGAUACGGCAAUGGACACCGUUCCCAAAGACUGUGAAAAUGCAGACGAAAAGGCAAAGCAGAGAGGAAGUUGGGCAAACAAAACAGAAUUCCUGCUAUCCUGCAUGGGCUACGCGAUCGGAAUUGGAAACGUGUGGCGCUUUCCCUACUUAUGUUAUAGAAAUGGUGGAGGUGCCUUCUUAGUGCCGUAUCUCCUGAUGCUUACAUUAUGCGGAAUACCAUUAUUUUUCAUGGAAACUUCACUAGGACAGUUCGCAAAUACUGGAUGCAUAACGCUAUUUAAAAUAUCCCCUUUGUUCAAAGGAGCUGGAUAUGCCAUCGUUAUUGUUAACUUAAUAUGUACCUGCUACUACAACGUUAUUAUAUCUUAUCCAUUGUUGUUUAUCAUAAACUCGUUCAGAGCUAAGUUGCCUUGGGUCGAUUGCAGUAAUCCUUGGAAUACGCCAAAUUGUCUGGAGUUAACUAGCCGAUAUCUAAAUAUCAGCACGGCGCACGGAAUGCCUAAAACUCCAGCUGACGAAUUUUUCCAUAAUAAAAUAUUGCAAAUUUCCAAUAACGUCAAUGAGAUUGGCACUAUUGUGUGGCCAUUAUUCUGGUGCAAUGUAAUUGCUUGGAUCGUCGUUUAUGUUUGUAUAAUGAAAGGCGUGAAAACAGUAGGAAAAGUAGUCUACUUUACAGCCACAUUUCCUUUCGUCAUUCUAUUCAUUCUUUUAAUACGAGGAUUAACUUUACCCGGCGCCUGGGAUGGGGUGUUUUUCUACCUUUACCCCGAAUGGAAUCAGCUCACCAAUUUGAAGGUUUGGGCUGACGCCGCGAUUCAAAUAUUCUUUUCCUUAGGUCCUGGCUGGGGUGGCAUUAUAAAUAUGGCUAGUUUUAAUAACUUCAAUAAUAACAAUAGAAGAGAUUCGAUUCUGGUGCCUAUUUUGAAUUGCGGCACGAGUAUUUUAGCAGGGUUCGUGGUUUUUUCGGUCUUAGGUUUCAUGUCCAAGAAAACUGGAUUGCCAGUGUCGACAGUAGCAACUGGAGGUCCAGGAUUAGCCUUCGUUACUUACCCUGAGGCUAUAACAAUGCUACCUUUACCACACCUUUGGGCUAUAAUCUUUUUCAUCAUGCUCUUCCUAUUAGGUUUGGACAGUUGCUUUGUACAGAUAGAAGCCAUUAUAUCCAGCAUAAUCGACGAAUAUCCAUCUCUGAGAAAGUCUAAAAUGCUUGUAAGCUUAGUCUCGUGCUUUGUUAUGUUCCUCUGCUCCAUCUUAUUUGUAACAAACGGCGGCAUGUAUUAUUUGCAAUUAUUCGAUUGGUAUGCAGCAUCGAUCUCGGUAAUUCUGAUCUGUCUGGUGGAAGUUGUCAUAGUCGGAUGGACUUAUGGAACGGAUAGAUUUGUGAGCGACGUAGAAUUCAUGAUCAAAGAAAAGAUCCAUUGGUGGUGGCCUCUUUGUUGGAAGUACAUCACUCCUAUUAUCCUUACGUUUAUCUUCUUCACGACAAUUAUCUUCAAUACAACCAUCACCUACCAUGGAGUAAUCUAUCCCGAAUGGUCUGUAACCUUGGGAUGGUCAUCGUGCCUACUUUCAAUCCUGUGCAUACCAAUGUACAUGGGAUACAAACUUUUAUAUUUAAGCGAAGGCGACUUAUUCGAGAGAAUAAAACUAUCGGUAAAGCCCUCUCUGGACUGGGGUCCGGCAUUGGAGCACAAUAGGAAGGAAUGGUUGGUGCGCUGCGUUUUUAGAAAACAACUCGCGGAAUUACAUGAAAGAUUGGAAGAGAACGCGGCAGAUCUCGUCCAUCAACAAUUCGUGCAACUCGCAACAACUGAAGUUCUCAUAAAAUAAUGUGUUCCAAAAAUAUAAAUAGUUAUAAAUAGUCUUUUCAUAAUUAUAUUACAAUUGUUUAUAUGUAUUA